CUCGUGGUAACAGGUGGGAAGGAUGGAACAUUCGAUGUCCAGUCAACACCACCGUAAGUCCAUCCACAGACAUCGACCGUGAGAAGGUGCACAGCGCUAUCGCCAGAAAGAAGGAUUGAACGACAACAAACAACAAACAACAAAAGUACCAUCCAAGUCGGUCUGAUAGAUACGGCCGUCCGUCCGUCCCUCCGCAAAGUAUCUCAGAGAGGACAGCAGGUACACACACACACACAUGCAGCCGCAGACGAGCCGACGAUUCAUUCAAUCCACCCACCCACCCCCCCAGAGCUAUAGCUCUAUCAUCCGGUGACGGAGACCAGGAAGGACGGUGCGACCCGGUACACCCACACGUUUCCCUCCCUACGGUCGAGGCGCGAUGUCCGCUGUCUCGCACGCCGCCGGGUCGUCAGGAUCUCACGGAUGUCGUCUAUGAUCUCACGGUUCAGCGUGUAGAACACCUGCACACACACACACACACACACGCCAGAGGGAGAGAGAGAGAGAGAGAUCUGGACCGUGGGCGGCGUGGCUCUCUGUCCACUCUAUAUAUAGCUGCCACCUUACAUGUCGGAUGGCGUGGACGUUUUGCUCGACAAAGGUCGUGUCAAUCACGUCCACGUCGAGCCACUCGGCCUCCCUCUUGGCAACCUCGCCCCUCCCUCCCCACCCCUCCGUGCCGCUGCUACGGCCGACUUGGGAGGCCUUGAUGAUGCUCGGCGGCUUGGUGCCUCGGCCAGACAUGACACCGUCGUCGUGUCCUCGAUGGGCGACGCGACUGCCAGAUGGUGAGGCGGGCUCGGCGGGGACUAUGGGCCUGCGAAGUGAGAAGACCCGGCGGCCCAGGCUGCUCUUGCGGUUGAACAUCUCAGCGUAGUAGAGGGCCUGACAAGACAAGCAGCAACAGGAGGGACACUCAAAGCUUGAAUGAAAUGAAUGAAGCCUUCCCCCCCGCCCCCUCAAAAUCAAAUAAAUCAGGUACUGACUUGAUCGCGCGUAUCGGCAUAGAUGGUGAUCAUGUUGCAGAACGUCCGAAGGAGGGUGUGGUCUUGCGAAACGAAGUCGUCCAGCUCGUAGUCGGGGUUGAGGAAGGUGGCGGUGACCAGCUCAAGGGGCGGGGGGAGGGGCUGAGACAUCGACGGCUGAGCGGCCGCCGAGCUGUCGUCGGAGAGGAGGGGUGGGCUGGUGCCUGACGGCUGCUGCUGCUGCUGCUGGAGACCCCAGGGCUGAAGAUCGCAGGGGCGGAACAACCUGAACCGACCCGACACACAAGAGGAUCUGUGUUGCACAGUGAAGUGGCGCUGUCUGUCUGUCUGUCUGUGUGUCUGUCUGUGCUGGUCAUUCACCCACCCCUCUUCGGCACAGAGACGUAGUGCGUUGAGAGCCACGCGAGCACCCAUCGAGUGGGCCAACAGGUGGAUCUGCUGGACACCUGUGUGUGCCAUCAAAAAGUAAAAAAGUUCUUGACAAUUGCUGAAUGAACGAGUGGGUGUGCCGCUCUAGUGCAGUGAGUGCGUGCAGCUGACCAGUAGCCUGGAGAGCCACCAAGAACGCCACGAAGUUCUUGCCACACGCAAUCGAUGACCCGUUCUCCAUCGCGCUGUAGUACGCAAAGGGCGUGUGGCCUGAAAUGAACGCAACAACAGGGAGGAGAUACAGACAGACAUGCCAGUGGAGUGGAGCCCAGCUAUUGGCUGUCCACCCGUAUCCGUGCGUCGUGCACUGCACUUCACUAACCUCCAGGCCAGUGAAAGAGGAAAGGUUUCAUGUAGGAUGGCAGCGAGCAAAAGCUGGCGAGCUGCGCGAAGAGCCUCAGUCCCGUUGCCAGGCUGCAGUUGUACCCUGCACACAACACCAUACAACACACGCACCGAGCGAGGCACAGAGGCACAGACAGCACAUCAUGGGAGGCAGCUGAGCUAGGGGGACCGGACCGUAUACCAAUCGCCAACGGUCGGUCGCAUGCACACCUGGGACGAAGAUGACGGCUUCGCUCGCCGCCCUGUCAUCCCAUUUCCUCUGCCAGCCGUCCACCGACAGCUCGACCCGCUCAAACGAGAAAUCCGCCUCGUCACGGGGGAAGUAAUGGUACCCAUCGUCGGUGUGCCCAUCACGGUCGCCAGCCGGCUUGUCGCCCUUGGCUCCCUCCCUCGAGCCCCACCUCCAUGUCCAUCCUCGCCUGCCAGAUGACGCCUGCCUCGCCUCUUCUUGCUUGCGAUCGCGAUCUCCCUGAAAGAGGGAAGAGUAAAUGGGAUGGAUCCGGUGCACUGGCCUUCUGCCUGACAGGGCAGUGCCCUCCCGCCUACUUGUGAGCCAACGAAGCUCCUUUCUGUUGUGCCGGUCUCUGUCGUGGCGGCCCCGGCAUCACCGUCCACAAUGCCCGCCUCGAGAUCGCCCCCAUCGCGAGCAGCUGCUGGCUGUACGCCGUUGUUCUGGCCGAUCCAUUCCCAUGACACAUGCUCGCGAGUGGGGUGCCGGGGGGCAGCGCGAAUUCGCACUUCGGAGGGAUGUGCUGGGGCGUGGGCGUGCUCGCGGUGUGAGGCCUGCGCAGAGGGCUCGUACACGUGGCCCGAGACGAACAGACCUGAAUGCGAUGGAAGGAGGCACCACAAAGAAUGGAUGAAGGGGUGGGCAAGGGGUGGCGAUUAAUCGAUUUGCGCUGGGUGGUCGUGUUUUGUGUUGUGUCAUGUUGUGCUGUGCUGUCUUGUGUUGAAUUGCCAACCUACCUCUCUCAGCAUCCACACUCACGACAACAGACGAGGUGCCAAUCGAACUAGUGAAGCUGGGUACCUGCAGUCCAGUCAAAGACAAGAAACAACAAAGUCCGCUUUGGCGGCCAGUAACUAAGGCAGACAUGGCAUGGCUGCACUGUUCUGUGUGUAUGCUCACUCACGUUCAUCCUCAGCCCCUCCAGAGACCAGCUUGCCGCAUCCACGUCCACCUCCCGACACAGCGACACUCCUUCCCCGCUCCUCCCUCCACCCAUAGACAAGGGGGCCGGUCCGUAAGGAUCUCUCUCCAGCCCGAUCUCUCUCACGAUCUCCCACCCACUGCUGUCGCGUGGCUGGCCGACCGACGCAGGCGCAGAGACGGAAGAUGCCUCGCCGAGGAGAGCUGGCGGGACAUCACUUGCUGUUUGGCGCGCCGUGCGGGCCGUCGGUGGGUGGCCCGGUGUGGACGGCGAGGGGGUCGCCUGGGGCAGAGAUGGAGGGAAUGGGUAAUCGGUGAUUGCGACACGGGGGAAAUCUGACGCAGUAGAAGGAGGAAGGAGGGAUGCAACUGAUGCCCUCGUGCCAUGGCGAAUUCGUUACCUCUGAAGAAGGCUCCAGAGACGCUGCAUUCGACCUCAGCUACGCCCCACAGCAGGCCCUUGACGUCGUGGAGCCAUCCAGCAAUCGACGGGUAGCGAGAUGGCGGACUGGGGCUGCGACUGUCACCACCGAGAUGCGGUGCAAGGCCAGGGCAUGGCGAAGGACGACGGCGAGACUGAGAAGUGCCAGGCAGGGACGCCUUGGCGAAACCCAACGUCUGAAAAAUUCUCACAUUAACAGGCAAACACGGUGUUCGCUGAUUCGGUCUGCCCCUUUUGUUUGUAUCAGUUUGGUUACGUACCAUGCAAAUGAAGCCGCUGCCCGUGCCGACCUCGCGAGCCUUGAACGGGCUACACGGCCGGCCGUGACUCCAGUAGCCAACGAUUUCCUCCCCAUGGUACUCAUCUGAUGACCAAACAACAAGUAGUUCCGCAUUGCUUCUCCGUGUCUCGAUGAAGUUCCGACUCUCCGUCCGCUCACCUUCACGCCAGCGUCCAAACCUGCGACAGGAAGACAGAUAGAAUUGGCAUCCAUCGUUGAGGGUAGGUGUGAUGGCACUGGAAUGUUCGUUCAUCUCACCCGUGCGGUAGGCCUGCGUCAUCCACUUCACCCACGUACCUGAUCAACGAGCGGACAAACCAGGCAGGCAGGCAGGCAGGCCUCUCUAAAUCUGCCCGUCUGCCUCAAACGAAGCGUGUCUGCCCAUUCCCCCGGCCGCGUCACCUCGCUCUGUGUCCGCCUCGCUUCGAUAGCCGUCUGCCAGGAGCCCCCAGUAGGCAAGAGCAGUACCGACGCAUAAUGGGUAUGCGCUGGAAGACAUAGAUGCGUGCCGCAGCGCCCAGGUCGGCCUUGCCAAGGGUCGGGGGGUGGGGUGGAGGUCUGGGUGGGAGCACCGACGCAUGGAUGAUCUCCCACCUUCUCAGACGGCACUGCUUGACACCGCACCAUCCGUUGAGCAUCACCAACGGCAGCACAUGGAUGCAGAACUGCAUCGAUUCGAUCGAGGAGAUGAGGAAGCAAAGGAACAAACAAACACAUGAGUCCCAUCCCAUAUGUAUUGACCGUGUAUUGUAUGUACACCCACCCACCUGUGAGACGAGAAAGAUGAGGACUUGGCCGAUAAGGUAAACGAAAAAGAGCACCGGCAGCACACUCAUAUUGUCACCGGUUGGCGAGGACGGGUCCCCUCCCUGGCCCAGUGAUGUCAGAAGCAUCGCCAUGUCACGAUCCCCGGGGACCCCCGGCUGAUUCGCAUCCGCGGCAGUGCCGUUCGACGGACAGCCCCCGGCUGACUCGGAGUCACACUGAGAGCUGCAGCUGAAGCCUGAUGCGCAGACAAACACGAAGGUCCAUUGCCUGCUGGUCUUGUUGUUUCUGUACUUACCUUGCUCACUGCCCUUGUAGAUCACAGCGAUGAGGAGGGCAAUCAUCGUCGCGUAACUGAAGUACAAACACCUGACAAUUAAGCAAACAUCCACCAAGGAGGGAUGAGAUGGGAUCAUGAGAUCGAUGGCGUCUUUUCGGUUGGUUGUAUGCAAACCAUCUAAGGUUGAGCUGAACUUGCGUCCAUGCCAUCCAGAACAUGACCGCCAGCAGGAGGGCUACACCCAAGCCGAAGACGGUGUUGCGCCCAAUGUCGGGCCCUGAAUAUGACACACGCAAUGCAUACAGUCACUACAUGCAGCACGACGUGGCAAGUGACACACACACUGCUGAGCCUUACCGUACUGGAAGUUGAUACCUGCGAUCGCAUCACACACAUCACACAGGAGGUCACACAGAGUCCGAUGAGGCUGACAGUAGGCAAGCCUGGAUGAUGGUGUGUCUUACUUACUGAUGCGGCCUUCCUUGUUGCAGAUUUCGAUGGAAGCGAUGCCGAAAAGGAUGCACAGCAGGGCGAACACCAGCAGAGUGCGACCACGGGAGUGACGGCGAUAGUGACCUGUUCAAUGAGUGAAUGAGUAGCACAGACACACACAUACAUCAAUCCAUCCAUCGACUUGCUGUCUGAAUGGCUUUCGCCAUCGGCGUCAACGAAUCAAGUCAAGGCCUGCUAACGAACCUCGAAAUCUGAUGAGUACACAUCACACACGCAUCCACGUGCCUCCCUGCCUGCUCAAGCAAUCACCUGCGGAUGAACUUGCGAUAUUCCAGCCAUGGCAGAGUGAUCUGAACGAUGCACAGCGCACUCAUCCAGAGGGUCCCUCCCUACCAUCCCACCCACUCACUCACUCACCUGCUGAAACUUCUCUAUAGCGUCUGCGAACUCGGUGUCGUCAACAGGGAAGCGCACCUCCCUGCCCUCGGCCAUCAGUCGUCUUCCUCUGUGAGAGAUCUCGAGGGAACCGAUAUGAGAUUCGUGUUUCUGCUGCGGAGGAAGAAGGGAUUCUAACAUCACUUUUCCAUCCC